GCGCACACUGCGUGCAAGCAGCGCAUCAGCACUCCACUUAGCAGCAGCAGCAUUCUAAACCAGCACAGCACAUAGAGUCUGCGUGUCAAGGGCACCACACUGAGCAUAGCCUGCUAUUACGCGUGUCUGUGGUUACAGCAGCUGCAACAUAGCUAAAGUUAUAGAAUUGCAAGAUUUUUGUAUGAAUAGCAUAUCUGUCGUGUUUGUAUUGGAGUUUCCACAGCAUACUGUAUCUAGGUGUAUAUCUCAGGAGCGUAGCAUACUUUAAUCUGUGCAGUGUACACACAAGUCGCAGCAUAGCCCAUUCACAUGCAAAGAGUAAUUCAGCAGGAUAACGUAAUGUGUGUGGUCGGAAUAGUGAUAUACAUGCAUGUCUUGUAACGGCGUAGGCUAGAGCAUAUUAAACAGAACCAGCAUUGUCUAUAGAUUUUUGUAUAUUCAAGAUAUGAGGCUCAAUAUACCCGUGACUUGUUGACAGUUUUAUUCCGCUGUAUACAUCUGGACCAGCAUUUUGUAGAGGUCAAUCUCUCAGGAACAAGUGUAGCUUAUGUGUGUGUAUAACGCAUUACAUGUCUGCAUCAGUGCAGCCUAAUCCUCUGUGUAUGUUCGCUACGAAGGCAGGGAUAGCCGACUGCCUGCUGCUGCUGGUGGAUAGUGGCUACAGAGCAGCUUGAAGCGAAUGAGCCUCAAGACCAAGCGGGGAGGAGGAGGAGGAACAUCCAUGCGCUCAUCUUCAUUCGCCGGCAUACACACGGUGGGUGCACAGCAGUGUGCGUAGCGGAGUGGUGGCAGCAGCAGCAGCAGCUCUAGACACAGACACAGAGGUGGAGCUAUGGCAGAAGGGAGCAGUGGAGGAGGAGCAGCAGCAGCAGCAGCUGCUGCGGGAUACAACAACUCAAGCACAGAAGCCGCUGUCGCUGCUGCUGCGAUUGACGACCCCCCGAACAUGAUCGUUUACCGCAAGAUGGAAGAGAUCGUGACGCGGAUGCAGGACGAUAAGUCCGGUGUCCCCAUCCGAACGGUCAAAAGCUUCCUCUCCAAAAUCCCCAGCGUCUUCACCGGUGCAGACAUUGUGCAGUGGCUCACAAAGAACCUGAUUAUUGAUGAUCAAGAGGCGCUGCACGUGGGCACCCUGAUGGCGGCCCACGGCUACUUCUUCCCCAUCUCCGACCACGUGCUCAUGCUCAAGGACGACGGCACCUUCUACCGCUUCCAGACACCAUUCUUCUGGCCUUCAAACUGCUGGGAUCCAGAGAACACAGACUAUGCCGUGUAUUUGUGCAAACGAACCAUGCAAAACAAAGCUCGUCUCGAGCUCGCCGAUUACGAAGCGGAGAGCCUGGCGAGACUUCAGCGAGCGUUUGCCAGAAAAUGGGAAUUCAUCUUCAUGCAGGCCGAAGCGCAGGCUAAAGUCGACAAAAAACGGGACAAGAUUGAGAGGAAGAUUCUGGACAGCCAAGAGCGUGCGUUUUGGGACGUUCAUAGACCAGUGCCUGGCUGUGUGAACACGACAGAGAUGGACAUCAAGAAAUCGUGCCGCAUGAAGAACCCACACAAAACCCGAAAGUCGGUCUACGGUCUCCAAGGCGACUCGCACUCCCAGAGUCCCACGCACGCUCUGCCUGUCGACGCCAAGCCCCCCACGGAGGACGAGCUGAGGACCCAGAUCAUCUUCCUCAGGGGACAACUCGACCGACACUGCAUGAAGAUGUCAAAGGUUGCAGAGAGCCUCAUCAGCUACAGGGAGCAGUACACGGAGUACGAUCCCUUCCUGACCACGCCGGAGCCCUCCAACCCGUGGAUCACGGACGAUACCACGCUGUGGGAGGUGGAGGCGAGCAAAGAGCCGAGUCAGCAGAGAGUGAAGAGGUGGGGCUUCGGCAUCGACGAGGCUCUCAAAGACUCGGUGGGCCGGGACCAGUUCCUGCGGUUCCUCGAGUCCGAGUUCAGCUCCGAAAAUCUGAGGUUCUGGCUGGCGGUGCAGGACCUCAAGUGCCGGCCCAUGCGGGAGGUCCCCGAACGCGUGCAGGAGAUCUGGCGCGAGUUCCUGGCAUCGGGGGCGCCCAGCGCCAUCAACCUCGACUCGAAGAGCUACGACAAGACGCUGCAGAACGUCAAGGAACCCGGCCGCUACACCUUCGAGGACGCGCAGGAGCACAUAUACAAGCUGAUGAAGAGUGACAGCUACGCACGGUUCCUUCGCUCCAGCGUUUACCAGGAGCUUCUGCAAGCCAAGAAGAAGGGGAAAUCCUUGACCUCCAAGAGACUCACCAGCCUGGUGCAGUCGUCCUGAUUAAAACAAUGUACUCCCCCCCCCUCGGAAGCGGGGAGAGUCACCGUGCUCCAAACGCCUCCCGCACCGUCGUCUCAAGAAGCACCAGCCUCUCAACACGAGCGGUCGAAGACCGACUUUACAAAACUUUUCACGAAUUAAUAAUCACGGUGUCCGAUUUCUGUGAGAAUGGUCGGUAAUGAAAUAUGGACAUCGUUGAGCUCUUGGGACCAGGUUUUGCAAGACCAAGUUUUCUGCACUAACGGGGGGGGGGGGGGGGGGGGUGGUUAACAGAGCACGUGGUGCCCUUGAAGAGACUGGCUCUUAAUACGCAAAUUCCAUUCCACUUAAACUCACUCUGGUCUAUACGUCAAUGUCAAGCAAUGAUUUAAAGCCUUUACCAGAAGCUCUCGACUUGAUGGUAAAUGAGUGGAUGUGCAGCAUGUACCAGUUAGCAGGCACGCCGAAAUGCGCCGAGUGUUGGAAGAACCAUUGCGGGGAGUUUGUCAGAUUCAGUAGCUUAACGAAACCCUACAAUGGAUCUGCUCACCUCCGUGAAUGAGUUCGUCGGCACACAUGCACGCCCCAGAAACAAACGAUGCGAAGACUUCGUUGUAACGGAGUUUUCCUGCGGGACAUCCCGCCGUGAUGGUGAACGUGGCGUGAGUUUGCAAAUGAAAGCCCUUUUCUCGUUUUCAGCUGUUCGGGUUUCGUAUCUGCCGGAUGUUGACGAAUUCCCAGUCAAUAUUGGUCGGGUUUAAUGCCAUAGUCCCGUGUAACAAGUGGGCAGUGGAGAAAACCUAGAUUAACAACCCUGCUCUGCGAUCAUUAGGUUUUUAUUUUAUUUAUAUUUUCAACAAAGCAAAGGUAGAAACACAGAACAGGUAUACAAGCGACCACUACGUACGGUUGAGACGAAUGGCAACAGUCGGCUGUGUUAUAUUCCAGCGGUCGACUUGGAUGCAACACACGUCAUCCAUUCUUCCCUGGUACACAUCCACAGUACAUCAGACGUGACCUCCCUUGCCAAACAUUCCGAGACCUCUUCCUGGAUAGGUCACCUCAGAGGGAGUACAGAACCACGUGGAUGCAACCACAACGAGAGCGUUCCAGCGUGCGGCGCCGUUCGUCUGGGAGGAAGCGCGCAGCCCUGACGCCCGGUCAAGGCACCCCCCUCGACUUCUUGGUUUUGGUGUCUGUAACGAGGCUGCUGUUGUGCAUCAUGUCACCGGCCACCCACCGAGCGAUUGGUCUGGCCGUCCCCAGGGGCUGGAGACCACGGCCAGCUGGAGACAAGCACGUCACCUCGCUCUCUUGAUCUAAAUCUUCAACAGCAGUGUGUUUUUCACAUUUGUAUUUCAGUGGCAAUAUUUAAACAAGUAAACACUUCUCACUAUUGCAAAAUGGAAAUGGGAAGUGUAUAUGCCAAUGCGGCAAAUUCAAGCAGUUGGCUCCAAAUGUUAUAAAUCCAUGUCUGGCUUUUGCAGUUCCUUCAUUUAGUGCCGAGCCAGGCAGCAGCAGCAGCAGCGUCCUUCCACCCGCCGCCCGGCUUGGUUAGCGGACGUGGUCUUCAGACAACGUGUGUCGCGGUCUGUCUUGCACCACAGCAGCUCAAGCUUGGUUUGUAACGUCAGACCCACAGGGGGCCUUGGCCUGGUCACAGCCUGUUGAGCAGGGCUUAGUUUCUUCAGUCAUUCAGCACCGAUUCCCUGCUAAUCGUCAACGCUCUGUGUUGAUUGUAUUCACACAGCAGCCAGAGCAAGAUCAUCUUCCUACCUAUACUUACACAGCUCGUCGCUGAACAUCUGCCAACACGAUAUCACAGAGCUGGUUUAAAAAAAGGUGUUAAAUUGUACAAUGUACAUUUUUAAUAUUCGGUGGAUAAAAUUAGUAAAGUGUAUAAAGUGAAAAUAUUUAUUUGAGAUGUUUCUGCUGUUGAGGUUUUUACACGAGCUUUUAAAGCGGCGAGACAAUGAAUGAGCGAAUGUUUGGGAAAUGUUCUGUAGUCGAAGGCUAUGCAACAAGAAAUUUCGCAUGUUUUGUUGCUACUGCUUGUUUUAACACUAACAUGAGUGAACCUUACAACAUGGCACAUAGGAGGAAUACCAUGUAACACAGACCUCACCCUCAUCGCCAUCUGUACAUUAAAGAUUUACAGAGUCGCUGCUUUUUUUGUCAGCUGUGGGUGUUGACUUAGUGCAAGCUAGCCCAGAUCGGCUGCCCAUUAGUGCAGACUAUCCCAGAUCUGCUGCCCAUUGUUCGUGCAGGCAAGCCCAGAUCUGCUGCCCAUUGUUAGUUGAGAGAACCCCCACUUGAAGUGACUUCAGCAGUGGUUCUGUAGUGUUCUCUUCUUGGGCCGUUCCCCAAUGUGAUGCGGUGCUCUGUUGGCUGUGAGAAUUCCAUAAAUAGGUUUAUUCACCUCAUGACAUAACAUCCAUGGGCCGAUUGGAAUAAAGUCGGUUAUAAAGUAUAAGAUGAUGUAUCUACCAACGGGCACCAAUUAGCAAACUCCUGCACCAUGGUAGACAUGACAAUCUGUGCAGAGGUGAUGCGCAAAGGGGGUUGAGAGCCUGUGUAAAGUGAGGAGGGCACAUUACGUGCAAAUGAAAGAGGAAAUAGACACGAAUUUUUUUUUUGAAAGUCAUGCUCAGGGCAAAUGGAAAUCCGCAUCAGCACUGACUCCACACAUAACAAAUGGAUCGUCGCUGUAAUAAGCCGAAGUUAAAAUGAAACACGCAGUGAAAAGAGCGCACGGGAGGCUGCUGUUCCAAACAGCCGCUCGCAUGUGCUGCCACGGUGUUGUGCUGCCAUGGUGUUGUGCUGCCACGUUGAUGUGCUGCCUGCGUGCCAUGAGCCUCAGUCCAGAUCGCCCCCAUUGACUGCAGUGUGCAGGUCAUUGUGGUGCAUAUUCGUGAAGCGUCAUGUCUCCUGCUGGGAUCCAUGCCUUCAAGUUUAUUGAGAACUCAAGAUACCAGGAUAGUCCCGUUUGCAAGAGUGACCUGAGGCAUUAGUCCACCAGUAGGGGGCGAUGAUUGGUAUGUAUAAUCCCAAUUGAGUAUUUUGUGGGAUUUUUUUUAAUUUGGCAAAUUUGGACCGUGAUACCGACACGCAAUGGCCUACUCUUGCAAAUGCCAUAAUUGGAUCUUUAACAUCCACUUUGAUUAUGGUUACAACCACAGUAAUAACCAGGGCGGCCGCUAGAUUCGAAUGUGGUUGAGGGGGCCCGGUUAGUGAGGCGCGGUUCACUUACGUGGCCAUUUGGCGUCUCUCGUGAAUGCUCAAACGUACUGUACCGACACUAAUAAUUAGAAAUAAGAAAAGCUUACGUGCAAGUAAUAAUCCCUUUGAAGCUAUUUAUUACUUGAUUUUCUGUGAGACACUUCCUCUGAUGCGUUAUUCGUCGUAGUGUAAUUAAUUUUGAAGCAGGAGGCCUUACUUUUUAAUUAUUUAUCAGUGGACUGAUGCACGCGAAUGUACAGCGUUGAAUCGGCACCCGUAGAUACAGAGCACGAAUUCCCACAUUCUGUAGUUGAUGGAACAUUGUCGAAAGCUACGGCCACCACCACCCACACGUAGUCUCCCCCACCUCUUAUUCCACCGUGAUUGCUAUCACUGCUCCUGCAUUCAUAUUACAGUGCUAUAUUGAAUGUGUGGUGAAUUUUCUAGGUCUCAAAUCCUAUGUAAAUAAAUAAUGUUAUGAAACAACGUAGACAUCAUGUAGAAAAUGUACUUAAUCAAUUAUUUAUAUGUUCUUGCACUCCCUUUUUGGUAAUUUAUGACAAAGUCAAUAGUCAAGUCAACAUUCUCCCCGCUCCAGUGAGCUUGGGACAUUCAUCAUCUCUCUUUGCAGCCUUGAGCCAAUGUCAGAUAUUGUAUAUUGCCCAAGCAGGAUCCAGGCAUAUACCAAUUGUGCUCCUUCAGUCAGAUCAGGGCUGCCACUUCUGAGGCAAAAAAACAGAGCUUAAAAGUCAAAGUCAAAGUUAUUUAUUGCCCUGAAUGUCCACUGUUUACUACCCUGAGCCAGUGAUUGAAAUGCAACAUUGCUAUGGUGGGGGCGAGUCUAUCCACAGUACAACCACUGUUGUUGACUUCCUUACAAAGUGGUACUUAUUUACAUUACUUCGGAGGGAUCAUGAGCUGAGGCACUGGGGGAUUCCACGGUGAAUUGAAGCACCUUUAAUGGCCGUAAGGAUAACGUGAUCCGAGUACAUUUAGUAUCACGCACCUCGAGACGCUAUUAAUCAAGGAAUUGAAGCGUAAUUCCAUCCUUCCAGGUGAUUUCUCCUCUAUCUCUCUUACCAAGAUACCAAAGGGCACUCCAUCUCGUACUCCCUUCAAUUAAGAGUAUUCAUUCAAUAUAAGGACCUCAGUCAGAUAUAUGUGCGAAUCAGAAGUUUGUUCAGCUACUGUUAUAACCAGGUUGAAGACAUCAACUCACUACUCUUGAAAAAAUGGUUUAAUCACCGUUGGCUGCUCGAUUCGAACCCAUGAUCUCGACAGUGUUGACUCUGUGCUCUUACCCAAGAAGGGGUUCGUUGGCUUUCUCGUUGUGAAUAUUAUUUUGUUUGUGUCCCAUUAAUUAACUAAAGCACCUGUAUUCGUGUGAGGGAGGAAGCUUGUUUUAGAAGGGCGGUCUCACAUGAUGCUUUGUCUUCGGCUUGUUUUUGCAGAGUACUUUGACCCAUGGAUGAGAACACAAAAGAGUGCGUAACAAAGCACUUGAUAGCAGACACAAGGUUGAGACCUUCUAUCAUGUGACAACGUGGAAACUACUCCCAAUUAUUGAGCGGCACUAUAUUCAAUCAAUAGAUGCCUUUUUACGUGGGUUUCCCCCAAGCUACGGUAUCAAUUCCUCACACUUAUUAUUUAAAUACCCUGCGUAAAAGUACCGAAUAUACCAUGCUCAAUGUGAUCAUAUGUACAUCUAUAUGCCCACACUCGUAUAUGAGAACCACAGUACUGUAGUGUUAUGUAUGUGCAGAGGAUAAAUGUAUUCAGCCUAUAUGAUGUGGUAUGUUAUCAUACACCUGGCAAAUGCAAUACUGCCUUGUGAGUUUGACUCCAAAGGGUCAUUGGCACAGAAGCACACGUGUAACUGUAUAUCUGUAUGUGUAAACACAAUGUAUAGUUUGAUGGGGCAAUA